AUGGAGAUAUCAGUUGCAUGCGUAACAGUUUCUGUAGUUGUAGUUGUUGUGUCAUGGUGGGUAUGGAGAACUUUACAGUGGGUUUGGUUUAAACCAAAGAUGCUUGAAAGUUACUUGAGAAGACAAGGUCUUGCCGGAACUCCUUACACACCUCUUAUCGGUGAUUUGAAGAGGAACGUCAACAUGUUGACGGAGGCAACAUCCAAACCCAUCAAACUAACCGAAGAUAUCACACCUCGUGUCCUGCCUCAUCCCUUCCAAAUGCUCAAGACUCACGGAAGGACUUUCUUUACAUGGCUUGGACCCAAACCAACCAUCACCAUAAUGGAUCCAGAGCUAAUCAAAGAAGUGUUCAACAAAGUUUAUGAUUAUCCGAAGGCGCAAACGUUUCUUUUGGGCAGACUAAUAGCCACUGGAAUCAUUAAUUACGAUGGUGAUAAAUGGGCGAAACACCGAAGAAUCAUCAACCCUGCUUUUCAUAUAGAGAAGAUCAAGAAUAUGGUACCUGCGUUCCACCAGAGCUGCAGCGAUGUUGUUGGCGAAUGGAGCAAGUUAGUGUCGGAUAAAGGGUCGUCGUCCUGUGAGGUAGACGUUUGGCCUUGGCUUGUGAGUAUGACUGGAGAUGUGAUCUCUCGUACUGCUUUUGGCAGCAGCUACAAAGAAGGGCAGAGGAUCUUUGAGCUACAAGCAGAACUAGUACAUCUCAUCUUACAAGCUUUUUGGAAAGUUUACAUCCCUGGAUAUCGUUAUCUCCCUACGAAGAGUAAUAGAAGGAUGAAAGCAGCAGCUAGAGAAAUCCAAGUUAUACUGAAAGGGAUCGUUAACAAAAGGUUAAGGGCGAGAGAAGCUGGGAAAGCAGCACCAAACGACGAUUUGUUGGGAAUACUUCUUGAAUCAAAUUUGGGGCAAGCCAAAGGAAAUGGAAUGAGUACUGAGGAUGUGAUGGAGGAGUGCAAGUUGUUCUAUUUCGCCGGGCAAGAGACAACUUCGGUACUUCUGGUCUGGGCAAUGGUGCUGUUAAGCCACCACCAAGAUUGGCAGGCUCGUGCACGAGAGGAAGUGAAGCAAGUUUUUGGCGAUAAAGAACCUGAUACAGAAUGUCUUAGCCAGCUCAAAGUUAUGACAAUGAUAUUAUAUGAGGUUCUCAGGCUAUAUCCUCCUGUAACUCACCUGACCCGAGCGAUUGACAAAGAGAUGAAGCUAGGUGACUUGACACUACCAGCCGGUGUUCAUAUCAGUCUACCUAUAAUGCUAGUCCAACGCGACCCCAUGCUGUGGGGUACUGAUGCAGCAGAAUUUAAGCCUGAGAGAUUCAAAGACGGUCUUUCAAAGGCAACAAAGAGCCAAGUCUCCUUCUUUCCAUUUGCAUGGGGACCGAGGAUAUGCAUCGGCCAGAAUUUUGCCAUGUUAGAGGCAAAGAUGGCAAUGGCGUUGAUUCUACAGACAUUCACCUUCGAGCUUUCUCCUUCCUAUGUUCAUGCGCCUCAAACAGUCGUUACCAUUCACCCGCAGUUCGGUGCACAUCUUAUUCUGCGCAAGCUAUAAUUCUAUAACCACAUGUGCUGUUGUCAAAUAAACAUAGGAAAAUAAUCCAGAUCAUAAUAUAAAACUCAAAUCUUUUUCUUAUUUGAAGUCAGAACUUUGUCCUCACAUAUGUCUUGAGAAACCAAAAUAUUUCCAAUAAAAAGAGUGAAACGCAUGGACCA